CUGUGGCCAUGGUGGCCAUACGUGAUUUACUCGAUCAAGAACGGCGGAUACUUUUACACUCAACGGUCGUGUGCCAGCUGGUCGUUUGGCGUGGGCAUUGGCGCGGCCACGGGGACGCUCAGCAACCUGGAGGUGGUCGUGGCGCAGGCCUUAAGCAAAAAGUGCUACUUUUGCUUUGCUGUGCAAGAUGUCCAAAAUUGUUCUACUACCCGUGCAUCGCCGCGGCCGGUGGCACUACCACGAAACGUGACGUCGAUUCCGAAGUACGGCUGGAUGUGCCGGUGCUGUCGGGUUUGUUUUGAGUGGGGUUCGCGAACGCCGGGAGGGGGCGCUUCGUCGCGAUGGCUACCAGCAGCGGGACAAGGGCCACGCCAAUAUCCACGCCUAAGUCCACUCCAGCGAGCACAAUCUGCACCAAAUCAAAUCGCUGCAGGCCGAGUUGGCAAGCGGAAACCAAAGCUACAGUUGCAACCUCCCCCGGCAUUGGACAAGAACGACGGAGUUCUGGCCGCGAUCGAAUCAGCCGUAGCCGGGAGCAACUUGGACAACUCGUUUGAUGAUGUCAAGCUGGAACCGCUGGUUACGAACGAGCAGGACGUGGUUGAGCUACGCAAUCUGCAGAAGCUUGGCAUCGGUGAUUAAUUUUUGUGCGGAGGCGUCCCGAGCGGACCAGAAACGAUCAAAUCUGGGAAGAAUCUACGACCGCGGAGGUCAAACCGAAGAACAAGCCAAUCAAGAACAAGCCAAUGCUUCGGCAGGCUACUGUUGCCGUGGUAUUCCGUUGCCAUCGGUAGACCUGCCAGUCUUGUUCGCCGCCUCUCUAACAGUCUUCCACCAAGACGUCCCUCAAAAGCCCAUUCAGAAGACUCAGACCUGGCCGGCACGACCAAGUCGAGGAACCGGUUGACAACAACAAAGACAUCUCGUGUGUGUUACUUCGGAACUAUUCGGCGGAGGUGCGGACAGUUACUGCGUAGCACCAGAUUCCUGACUCUUGAUUCUUGUCAUAGAGAUGACUAAAAAGCUGUGUGUUUAAUUUAAUAUAAAAAAUUAGAAAUUUGUGUUAUAUAAUAACAAAUAAAAAGCUGUUGUUUGUUUUUCAAUAUAAUAUUUUCUCUUUGGGAGGAAUAUUUAUAAAAAAAAAUACAAUUUCUGUUC